UUUUUUUUUUUUUGGUUCAACUUUUAAAAAGCACAUCUUUCUUUUGUGUAUUAUGGCUAGCUCAGUUCCUGAAAUUCCUGGCGAAUUUAUCAAUGAUCCAUCUAAAUUAAAAGAAAAAGUAGCAUCUCUUUUAGGAUUAAAUAGUUACAAAUUUCCUGGAGCACAGCCUGUAAGUUUUGGUGCUAAACAGUUGAAAGAAAUUGAAGAAGAAGAUUUCUUUGUUGCAGAAAAAUCAGACGGUGUACGUUGUCUAGCUUUGUUAAGUGUCAAUCAAAGGAAAGAGCCAGAAGUAUACCUAUUUGAUAGAAAAAAUAAUUUUUACAUUGUACGCAACUUUAGAUUUCCUAUACCAGGAGAUCCAACAUUUAAAAAAUGUCUCAAAAAUACAAUUAUUGAUGGUGAAUUUGUUCUAGAUAAAGAGGAGGAUGGCACAAUGCAAUUACGAUUUUUAUUAUUUGAUUGUUUAUGUAUUGAAGAAAAAGUGUUAUUAACUCGUGGAUUAAUGAGACGUUUAGGGUAUUUAAAAUCGGACGUGAUAAAACCACAUCAAGAGAUGAUUAGAAAAAAUCCUCAUUUACGUAAACGAUUACCGUUCUUAGUUGAAUUUAAAGAACAACAAUUUACUCAUCACUUGGAUGUUGUAUUCAACGAGAUUAUACCUAAAUUAAAACAUGGUAAUGAUGGUCUUAUAUUCACCUCAGUUAAUGCUCCCUACAGCAUGGGUACAUGUGAUAAAAUGCUUAAAUGGAAACCGUUGAAUGAAAACUCGGUUGAUUUCAAAGUCUCACUCACUUUUCCAGGUAGUAAUUUACCAGGAGUAAAGGACUUUACAGAGAAACCUCGCAUUGAUCUACUAGUAUGGCAAGGAGGCAAUGAUUAUCAGUUUUUUGCAGAAUUAGGUAUUACAGAUCAAGAAUGGCGAAAACAGUUUGGAGAUAAGCCCAAAUAUAUGGAUGGCAAGAUUAUUGAGUGCAAUUAUGACCCUGAAAUACAACAGAGAUUACAGUUGAAAUCUCCUUGGAGAUUUAUGCGUUAUAGAAAUGAUAAAUCAGAUGGUAAUCAUCAAAGUACUGUAGAUAAUGUUAUACGUAGUAUACGGGAUGCUGUGACAAAAGAAGAGUUAAUUGAAUGUAUGCCUAGAAUCAAGGAAGCAUGUCUUAAACGUAAACAAGAAUUAGAUGAUAGACAACAAACUAAAAAAAUACGUCAAGACUAAUAAAAUAUAUGUGUAUAUUUAUAAUAAUAAUAAUAAAGCUUAUAUGUAUAGUAUACACAUAUAUUCAAUAUACG